AGCCCUGCAUAUCCGGUUCCGGGCGUGGGGGAAGCGCUUCCGGGGCGGGGCGGCCCCGAGGUGACCGAGGCGGAGAUGGGGGCGCACCUGGCCCGGCGCUACCUGGGCGGCGAGGACGUGGAGCCGGACCCGCUCCGGAUGCCGAGCUUCGACCCGGGGCUGGGCUUCGAGCAGCGCAAGGAGCGGGUGAUGAUAGCAACUCAGCAGCAGAUGAAUGAAGCUCAGUUGCCCCUGGAGCAGCGGGACUACUGUGCGCACUACCUCAUCAAGCUGUUGAAGUGCAAGCGUGACAGUUUUCCCAACUUCCUGGCCUGCAAGCAUGAGCGCCACGACUGGGACUAUUGCGAGCACCUUGAGUACGUGGCCGCCUGUUCUGGGGCCUGGCUCCAUCCAUGGGCUACUCUGAUCUCAAGGCCACAAAGCUGGGGGUGCAGCCCUAGGGGCAGCGAGGCGGCAUGGCCUUGUGGAGAGCACAAAGGAGACCUGGCCAUUAUCCCAGCUCUGCCACUGUCUUGAUGAGUGACCUUGAGC